CACCUAUAGUGUGCUUGGUGACGGUGUGUGAAUGUUGUAAUUUUUCAGGUUAUGUUCAUAACAACUAAAUACCUGAGUUGUUUGUGCUUGUUUUUGGCCUGACCGGUAAAAUCGCUACGUGUAUCUUCGUAAAAGAAACGGCUGAGUGUGUGACGUGCUGUCAGGAGCAGUUUGUCUACGAAGUAAUCUCGUCAUAUACUUCGUGGCUAACGAGAAAAGGCGGACAGUGAAAUUCAAAGGUUGUCAAUACUGUAGAACUGAAGCGAUGGACCAGGAGCCAACUAAGUGGAUAAAAAAAGAUGAAACUGAUGAAGUACAAACUGAGUUACACUUCAUAGUAGAGAUUCCAAAAUGAUGAUGCUUACUAUAAACUGAAUACACAUCCAUGAAUGAAUACAGAUGAAGGAAGUUUCAAGACUGUAGUACUAAAGCAAUGGACCAGGAGCCAGCUAUGUGGAUAAAAAAAGAGGGAACGGCCGAAGUGAAAACAGAGUUAUACUUCAUGGCCCAAGUUUACCCACACAACAUGAAUAUAAAAGAAGAGUUGGAGGAGGGUGUGAAUAAAGAGUCCAUUGAAGAUCCAUUGGGAAUAUCGUGGUCCACUGAUUUUAUCAAGGAGGAUCCUGAAUUAAAUUUGGAAAUGAGUGUAACUGAGAAUAUUGUGGAAACCUCAACAGGAUAUGCAUCUGAUAGUACAAGAUUGACUCAGUGUGCUGGUGGGUGCUGUGACAUACCAUGUGAAGAAACUAGUCGCCAUAGAGUGGUCCAGGAUGAGUUGGUGAUAGACAUGAAGUCAACACAUGAGUUUGGUACCAAUACAAAAGAUAUGACUGUUGAUAAGAACUGCUCAGUUGCCACACAAUAUAACUGUAGUACGAGGGAAAAGGAAUUAUAUGUAUAUAGCUGUAAUUUCUGCCAACAGAGCUUUCCUUCAAAAUACAGAUUCAUAAAGCAUGUGUUUAUGCACAUUGAUGGCAUGCAACCACCUUCGUAUGUUUGUAAGUGGUGUGGUGAAGUAUUUCACAGUAAUGUUAGUUUGAAAAAACAUUUGAGAAUGAGUGAGAAUCAUCAUGUCUUAACUGCUGGAAACCAUGAAAAAUAUGGCUAUAGUGAAGAGCAUCAAAGCAGUAUCUUCUCAGAUAGUGAGCCAGAAGUUUCUAUCGCAGAAUACAAUGAGCUGAAUUCAUACAAGGAAAUGUGGAAAGCUGCUAGUGACAUAGGUAACACACACAUGACAAAUGAUACAGAGGAAACAAAUCAUUAUGGAUCUCUAUCUACAACUGUUAAUGUCAGAUCCCAGGGUGAUCUACUUACUGCAAACAGAAUCCACAAACGUGAUAUUUGUGGCAAAUCUUUUGCUGGUGCAGGCAAUCUUAAGAAACAUGGAUUAAUUCACACUAGAAAAAAACCUCACAAAUGUAAGAUUUGUGGGAAAUCUUUUGCUUUCCCAAGCCAUCUCAAGAAACACAUGGUUCUUCACACUGGAAAGAAACCUCAUAAAUGUGAGCUUUGUGGACAAUCUUUUCCCAGGAGAAGCUCUCUCAAUAGACAUAAAUUAAUACACACUGGAAAUAAAUCCCACAAAUGCCAGAUUUGUGGGAAAUAUUUUGCCAGGACAGACGCUCUCAGAAGUCAUUCACUAAUUCACACUGGAAAAAAAUCCAACAAAUGCGAGAUUUGUGGGAAAUCUUUUGCCAGGACAAGCAAUCUCAAGGCACACAAAUUAAUUCACACUGGGAAGAAACCUCAUAAAUGUGAGAUUUGUGGGAAAUCUAUUGCUUACUCAAGCAGUCUCAAGAAACAUUUGUUACUUCACACUGGAAAGAAACCUCAUAAAUGUGAGAUUUGUGGGAAAUCUUUUGCUUUCUCAUGGGAACUCAAGACACAUGUAUUUCCUCACACUGGAAAGAAACCUCAUAAAUGUGAGAUUUGUGGGAAAUCUUUUGCUUUCUCAAACGGUCUCAAGAAACAUGUAUUACUUCACACUGGAAAGAAACCUCAUAAAUGUGAGAUUUGUGACAAAUCGUUUGCCCUCACACGUUAUCUCAAGAAACAUGUAUUAAUUCACACUGAAAAGAAACCUCACAAAUGUGAGAUUCGUGGGAGAUCUUUUGCUAGAGCAGGCAAUCUCAAGACACUGAAUCAUACAUGCCAGGAAGAGACCUCACAAAAGUGAUGUUUGUGGCAAAUCAUUCUUAGAUCAGCUUAUCUCAAGAUACAUGCAUUAGGACACAUUGGAAGGGGACCUCACAAAUGUGAUACCAGUGACAAAAGUUUCACUCAGUUGGGCACUCUCAAGAUACAUCAGAAAGAAACUACAAGUAAGUGUUAGUUUUUUGUAAAUAGGUUUUCCUGGUUGAUGCCCUCAAGGUGUGUAAAAUAAUGGAAGAAGCAAGGGGAGAAUAAAUUGUAAUGCCCGUGAAAUAACAUACAAAUAUGGUAUAAUUGUGAAACAAUGUGUACUAUAGAGUGGUAACAGAUAAUGUGACAAUAUAAAAAUCCAUAUCUGCUGCUUGAGAUGUCAAGAAAUUGUAUUACUAAAUACUCGAGAAACAUGACUCAAAUGUGUUUUUGUCAAUAACACUUCUGUUUUUUCCUAUAGCUCUUGAGAAAAGAAAAUUGUGUAUUGUGAUAAAUCCCUGUUUGUCAGGAAUCAUAAGUACCAUGCAAUAUUCAGUAUAAGGCCAAGGAUAGGUGAUGACUUGCUGCUUAUUAUUCCAAACAUAGUCAUCAUGUAGUACUUGUAACUGUGCAUUUUAGAAACAGUGACAUCAAAAAUAUAUUCAUGGCACUUCCUUCACAAAGGCUAGUAAACUCAACACUGGAGAAACAUGAUUAUGACAAUUAUUUUAGUCAGGUAUGUUUUCGCAAGAGAUCUGCUGUAUGUGAAAUGAAUAGAGUUUACAUUUAUGUUCUGUUAGUACUAAUCCUGUAUUAGUAAGAGUAACAACAAAUAUAGCAACCUGCUUAAUAGCAUGUUUGUCCACCUUUGGAACACAAUACUUCGACAGUUUUACACGAUAUGGACUUGGCAUGUCAUUUAUGUGUUUCUGGAUGUAUGUUGUACCAGUUGCAUUCCACACGUUCAGAUCAGCUACAUGGUGUGAUCAAGAUGUUAGGUACCAUACUACUAACACAACUGUAGAGUCGUUCUGCAUAUGUGUCAUCGGCAGUUAUCCUGCUGUAAGAUGCCUUCACCGUGGGAGAGCAUAUCAGGCAUGAAGGAAUCUAUGCAGUAGCAAUAACCCACAUAGUCGGCAACUCUCAUGAUGCCUUCAAUUACUACCAGAUGUCCCAAAGGAGCCUGAGUGACUGUCCCCAUAGCAUAAUGGGCCCACCACGUAGUGCCAUUCGCCUAGAUGAUAGCAUAUCUGGAUGUUGCAACUGACCUGGUGUAACAGGAAAUGUCACAUAUCCUGACAGUUGGCAGUUGACAUUAGCAUUGACCUUCAUUCCAGCAUCAAUGAUCCCUUGCCCACUGCAGUUGCAAUUGAACAUUUUUGUGGAGCCCCAUGUUCAACAAUAUACAUUGAUUUGUGGGUUCAAAAACGUCUAUGGCUGCUCAAGCAUUGUUUUCUGUAAUUAGAUAUGACAUAUUGCCACAUGUCAAGCUUCACAGAGCAGGCAAGCCUCUGACCUGCAUGAUUUGUAAUGGAUAGGUGUAUUACAUGUUUUCAUAAGUUUAUCAGUUUAUCACCUUUAAGCCACUUUCCACAGAUGUUCACAAAAGUAGCAUAGAUCUAGCCUACCAGCUUCACCACUUUUGAGGUGCUUGUUCCCAACUACAAUCCCACUGUAACCAGCCCUUUGCUAAAGUCACUUAUGUCAUUGGAUUUAUAUGUCUGUGACCCAUCUAAUUGGUAGAACAAUUCAAUGUUAAUUUCUGGUCUGCUUAUAUACUUGUAAUCUGCUUAUUGCAUCAUGUGCAUACAACAUGGGGCAUUCAUACUCCUUGCAGGCAGUAUUCAUGACAGUUUUGCUCACCAGUGCAUCUCUACAUAAAUGGGUCAGAUGUUAAAAUGUGUAAUCUAAUAAAUUCAUUGUUCGUGGUUGCCAUGUACACCAGUGCACAAUAGCUAUAUUUUUUGCGAAUUUUUUUGUUUUACUAAGCUCUGUACGUGAUAGAGAUAAUGUAGAUAGGUGUUAUGCACCAAAGCUCUUAAUUAUUUUUUCAGCAUUCAAUACCAUGUAAGUUAUACACAAAAUGAAAUAGGUAAACAAACAUUAGGUCUUACAAUUUGAUUCCAGUUAUUCGUAUACACAAGAACAACACUUGGGAGAGCUCAGAACAUGAGUACUAAAUAUUUCUUGCAUUUCAUUCAAAGUUGUUUUCAAUGUGGAUAGUUUCCUUAAUUUGUGUAAAUAAACAUGACGUCUUUGGAAA